ACAUAAUUUCAAUGAGACUCGGAUCAAAAGCUGCACCUCACUAGUAUUUAGGAAGAUGGAAGGCUGAUUCUGUGCGGGGAAGUGCGCGGAAAACUCUUAAGUCCCCUACUCACCCACCUGUGCCCGGAGGUGUGACAUAAGUCCGCCGCGGGUUCGCCAGCACCUUGCCAUCCCGCACCACACCCACGCCAAUCUUAUUGGCGCUGCCUUCAAAACCCAGCACCGCCGGCAUGGCGGAGCCUGGGAGAAAACGCCGACAGCACGCCUAGCAAUGUCAGGAGCUGUGGAGGUCCUCACUAGUCCGCGCUGGGCCGCAGCUUUCCGGAGCGCAGAGGAAGCUGGCCUGCCUGCAGAUAGCACUGGGAGCGACACCGCAGAACUCCCGCGAGCCGAGACCCGCCAAGGCCCCUCCAGGGACCUGUCUUCCUAACUGCCAGGGACGCCGAGCCGACUCUGCGACGCGGUAGAAAUAUUGCUUCGGUGGGUGACGCGGUACAGCUGCCGAAGGGCGUUCGUUACGGGAAUGCCGAAGCGUGGGAAAAAGGGAGCGGUGGCAGAAGACGGGGAUGAACUCAAGACAGAGCCAGAGGCUAAGAAGAGUAAGACGACCGCAAAGAAAAAUGACAAAGAGGCAGCAGGAGAGGGCCCAGCCCUGUAUGAGGACCCCCCAGAUCAGAAAACCUCACCCAGUGGCAAACCUGCCACACUCAAGAUCUGCUCUUGGAAUGUGGAUGGGCUUCGAGCCUGGAUUAAGAAGAAAGGAUUAGAUUGGGUAAAGGAAGAAGCCCCAGAUAUACUGUGCCUUCAAGAGACCAAAUGUUCAGAGAACAAACUACCAGCUGAACUUCAGGAGCUGCCUGGACUCUCUCAUCAAUACUGGUCAGCUCCUUCGGACAAGGAAGGGUACAGUGGCGUGGGCCUGCUUUCCCGCCAGUGCCCACUCAAAGUUUCUUACGGCAUAGGCGAGGAGGAGCAUGAUCAGGAAGGCCGGGUGAUUGUGGCUGAAUUUGACUCGUUUGUGCUGGUAACAGCAUAUGUACCUAAUGCAGGCCGAGGUCUGGUACGACUGGAGUACCGGCAGCGCUGGGAUGAAGCCUUUCGCAGGUUCUUGAAGGGCUUGGCUUCCCGAAAGCCCCUUGUGCUGUGUGGAGACCUCAAUGUGGCACAUGAAGAAAUUGACCUUCGCAACCCCAAGGGAAACAAAAAGAAUGCUGGCUUCACGCCACAAGAGCGCCAAGGCUUUGGGGAAUUACUGCAGGCUGUGCCACUGGCUGACAGCUUUAGGCACCUCUACCCCAACACACCCUAUGCCUACACCUUUUGGACUUACAUGAUGAAUGCUAGAUCCAAGAAUGUUGGUUGGCGCCUUGAUUACUUUUUGUUGUCCCACUCUCUGUUAACUGCAUUGUGUGACAGCAAGAUCCGUUCCAAGGCCCUCGGCAGUGAUCACUGUCCUAUCACCCUAUACCUAGCACUGUGACACCACCCCUAAAUCACUUUGAGCCUGGGAAAUAAGCUCCCUCCUCCUUUAAACACUCUUCAGAGAAAUCUGCAUUCUAUUUCUCAUCUAUAAAAAUAGGAAUCCUCCAACCAGGCUCCUGUGAUAGACUUAGAGUUCUUUUAAGCCGAAGAUUUUUUAUUUGAGGGUUUUUUGUUUUUUAAAAUAAAUUGAACAAAGACUACUAAUGACUUUGUUUGAAUUAUCCACAUGAAAAUAAAGAGCCAUAGUUUCA